AUGUUGCUUUCUUUUUUGGCUCUUCCCGGUGCCCCGAAUCGAGAACAAUCAGAUGCGCUCAUACCGGAAGUCGACAUCCCAUCUCUCCCCGGUUGCUCACUUAAUGAUACCGUUCUUGAUGGACAGAUUUUGGUCGUGGUCAGCUCCACUCCACCCUGCACCUAUGUUGUACAGUCUCCGAAUUCCAAGGGACCCAACAACAAUUUAAUUCACAAUCCAAUGCUAACUACAUAG